AUGUCGACUCCUCGAGAUGGUGCUUCGUCCUCACGACCUCUGCCGGUCCCAAUGUCAUCGUCCCCAGGCUCCAACAGAGGCCGCUCCUCGGGCAGUCCCCUUCCCAGAGCUGCUUCAACGGCUCGAUUAGCUUCUCCAGUACCUUCGCAGAGCACGGUUGGCACGCCACAAGUCCGCCAAAUACCUACUCCAAGUCAAAUUGGGAAUGAGACUCAAACGUCUGGCAAUAUAACCCCUCUUGCCGGCCCUGCUCCUCACUCGUCUCUACCUGGGCCGGGCGUGUCAGCUCUAGCAGCAGCACUCUCGAAUUCGUUUGGCCAUUCGCCCCCAAAAUUCGGUACCCCUCCGCUUCGACCCUUGUCCCCAGGCACUGCUGGCAAGGACUUACCUCAGUCGUCGGGUCCACAGAGCAACUAUGGAUCAUUUGACGCGAGAGGACGGUCGAUACAAGGAGCACCGGGGUCGAUUGCUCAAAAUGCCUAUGAAGACCCUGAUAUUGUGAAGCGACAUCUAGUUCAGCCUCCGGAAACAUCACAAGGACAAGGGGGCGAUGUUGCUCAAGACGGAAUAUUCGGGAGCAUGACAUUUCGAGGGCCCUCACCAGCAGGCAAAGGGAAGCAAGCAAUGGAAGAUGUAGCUCCUGGACUAGACGACGACGAAUUUUCAAGUUUGCAGCUUCAGGGAGGUGAUGUUACACGGCCCAUAUACAGAUGGCAAGAAGAAGCCCAAGGGCGAGGUCGAGGUCAAAGAAGUCAGAGUUUCCACCUUUCAAGGCCAGUCCCGGAGCAUGACAUUCUUGAUAUUGGUUCAAUCAAGAUACCAGGAGGUUUUCGCCGAAAUUUUCUUCGGCGUGCUCAAGGAAGUGCAUCUCCCAAUGAGGGUGAUGCUGAAGAGGGUGCUGGUGGUUUACACCGAGGGCCCGGGCCACAACUGUUUACAAACAACUUUAUUGAAUUCCUGUCGCUCUAUGGCCAUUUCGCGGGUGAGGAAUUAGAAGAAGACGACGAGGACCUCGAGCCCGACGAGUACUUUUCAUCAGAUGCUUCUGAUGAAGAUGGCAGCGAUGACGAUAGAGAACCUAUGGAAAACAGUGCUCUGCUCACUCCCAGUCGCCGGAGAAGAAGGCGCAAAGACCGUCCAACAGCAGGCAAAGGUUCCCCUAUGGGAGCUGCACUCUUACUCCUCAAAUCCUUCGUCGGCACUGGGGUCUUGUUUUUGCCCAAAGCCUAUCUGAACGGUGGUAUGCUGUUCAGCAAUUUGGUACUCUUGUUUGUCGCUGCGUUAAGUUAUUACUGUUUCGUUUUGCUAGUCAACACUCGCCUAGCAGUCAAUGGCUCCUUUGGAGAUAUGGGCGGCAUUCUUUAUGGCAAAUGGAUGAGGACCACAAUCCUCUUCUCCAUCGUCAUCAGUCAGAUCGGAUUCGUGGCAGCUUACAUCGUCUUCACAUCUGAAAAUCUACAAGCUUUCGUUCUUGCGGUGUCUAAUUGCAAGACUCAUAUCAGCAUUCAGUGGUUGAUCCUGAUGCAAAUGGCCGUAUUCCUGCCAUUCUCAUUGCUGCGAGAUAUUAACAAGAUCACCUUUACAGCUUUGAUUGCGGAUGCCUUCAUUCUGAUUGGACUGCUCUACCUAUACUAUUACGAUAUUUUCACCAUUGUCAAGCAGCAUGGCGUAGCCGACAUCAUCAAUUUCAACUCUAAAGACUGGACAUUGUUUAUUGGGACUGCCAUCUUCACGUUCGAAGGAAUCGGCCUUAUAAUUCCCAUACAAGAAUCAAUGAAAAAUCCUAGGAAGUUUCCAUCAGUUCUUGCAGGCGUCAUGAUAAUCAUCAGUGUGGUGUUCAUAUCAAUGGGAGCCCUCUCAUACGCCGCAUACGGCUCGAAAACCGAGACCGUCGUUAUUCUCAACCUUCCUCAGGACGAUAAGCUCGUCAACGGGGUACAAUUCUUGUACUCGCUUGCCAUCCUUCUCUCCACCCCACUCCAGAUUUUCCCUGCGAUCAAGAUAACAGAGAAUGAGUUUUUCACGAUGAGUGGGAAGUACAAUCCGUAUAUCAAAUGGCAGAAGAAUACUUUCCGUUUCUUGUUUGUGAUGCUCUGCGCCGGGGUCGCCUGGAUAGGAUCAAAUGAUCUUGAUAAAUUCGUCUCGAUUGUAGGCAGCUUCGCUUGUGUGCCGUUGGUGUAUAUCUAUCCACCCAUGCUUCAUAUGCGUGGUGUCGCGAGAACCCACUUCCGAAAAGGAUGCGAUAUCGCCCUCUGCAUCUUCGGUGUUGUAGUCAUGGCUUAUACGACUAUUCUCACAGUCGUCAGUUGGGCAGGAGAGCAAGAACCUAGACUCCCAAGUUAUUGCGAUAAGAAGAAAAUGGGAUUAAUUCCUUAG